AAUUCCUACGUAUCUCAUUAGGAAGUGAGUGCCACUGUCUCUCCUCUCCUCUCCUCCCUCCCCACAUUACAGCAACAGCGCCCAGUUUAUAGGAACUUCACCCAGGUUCAAAAGAAGGCAAACACCUCGGUCAGUACCGAGGCAUCACUUCCUGUGAAGGACAUUAGGGUGAGAGAAAGAGUUUUUGGGGAAGACGCGUGCCAAGCGCAUUUAGUCCUUUUCUGCUAUAAAAGCCGCGCUGUGUCUCCGACCAGAGAGAAAAGAGAAAGCAGAGGAACAAGACACAAGAGGAACAAGUCUCCUUCUCUCUAUCUCUCUCUCUCCACUUCUCUCUCUCAGUCUUCCACAGCACACCUUCAGGAAGACACUGACUCUGGGACAUUUGUUCUUUUUUUGCGCUUCUGCUCCGUGAUGAAGUUGCUGCUCUCAGUUUUGGUGCUUUUUCUUGCACUAAAUGAAGUAUUUGCGGAGGAAAUGGGUCCAAAUGAAGACCAGGAUUACUGGGGAAAUGGCUCCCUGAUGCAGGACGACUUGCUUCAAGCCGAUCCCUUCAGAGAGAUACUGAGACGGAUAACGAGAAAACCUCGGCCACAUCAGUUCAUCGGUCUGAUGGGGAAGCGUUCCUCUGCUAACACACAGAUUACACGAAAAAGGCAUAAAAUUAACUCCUUUGUGGGUCUGAUGGGUAAAAGAAGCCAAGAGGAACCUGAUUCAUACGACUGGAGCUUGAUACACAACUACGUUGAAAAACGCUGACCAACGCUGAGCAACAACCUGACCUCCAUCACGUCUGCUUCGGACACAGCUCAUUUUUUUUUUCCCCAAAAAAUGGUGGCUUCACUUCUAGACUCCAAUAAAACAUUGUUUUCCACCGUGUGAUGAUGUAGCAGUACCUGUGCCAAUUUGUGUACUAAGAAAGGAAGGGACAUUUUGAUAAUACUGUCCAGCCUGUAAUAUUGUUACUGUCCAAAUCUUUAAAAAAAAAAAGAAAAAAAAUACUAGUGGACUAUUUGCACUGCCAAUCUUUGUAUAGUGCCUCACAAUGUUUGAUCACAAUCUGACUGUGCUGUAAAUACUGGUCAUGUUCGUCCUUCUCAGCAUUCCAUGUCCAUUAUUGUAGCUGUGGCUUUAUGCUCUAUUAAAUAUUAAAAUUAUUUUCCUUAUUGGUGGAUAUGUAGAUUGCAAAACGUUGUGGUUGUAAAUGUGGAGCGCGCACCUCCUGCUGGCCAGAGCAAGGUAUUACAGAGAGAGAAAAAAAGUUCAUUCAUGAACAAAAUGUCUAAGAUAUUAAGACUAAAAUUUAUCUGAAAGUAGGGGUUCAAAUCUGGUGUAAAAUGAAAUAUAAGAGCUAAUGAUAUACGAGCUAAUGAGCUUUAAAGCUAUAGUUUGUUAAAAGACAAACACACAAAAUAAAAAUACACAUAUUUCAAAAAGACAAACAAAAAGAGUGAUAGAUGAGGUGAGAAGUGUCGUGUGAAAAGAAUUAUAUUACACGUGAAUUCUUUCUGUAAGGGAC